CGGCUUUCCUUUGUCUCCCGCCUGCGGGGCCGGAGCGGUCCCGGUGCACAGUCCAGCAGCCUCAAGAUGGCUGAUGGCAACGAGGAUGCUCGAGACCACGACCUGCCAGGCCCGGCCUUCGAGAACUACGAGGCCAUGGAGCUGGCCUGCCCGGCCGAGCGCAGCGGCCACGUCGCCGUCAGCGAUGGGCGCCACAUGUUCGUCUGGGGCGGCUACAAGAGUAAUCAAGUGAGAGGAUUAUAUGACUUUUAUCUGCCCAGAGAAGAGCUUUGGAUCUACAACAUGGAGACUGGAAGAUGGAAAAAAAUCAACACUGAAGGCGACGUCCCCCCUUCCAUGUCUGGGAGCUGUGCUGUGUGUGUAGACAGGGUGCUGUACUUGUUUGGAGGACACCAUUCCAGAGGCAAUACAAAUAAGUUCUACAUGCUGGAUUCAAGGUCUGCAGACAGAGUGUUACAGUGGGAAAGAAUUGAUUGCCAAGGAAUUCCUCCAUCAUCAAAGGACAAACUUGGUGUCUGGGUAUAUAAAAACAAGUUAAUAUUUUUUGGAGGGUAUGGAUAUUUACCUGAAGAUAAAGUAUUGGGAACUUUUGAAUUUGAUGAAACAUCUUUUUGGAAUUCAAGUCAUCCAAGAGGAUGGAAUGAUCAUGUACAUAUUUUAGACACUGAAACAUUUGCCUGGAGCCAGCCCGUUACCACCGGUAAAGCACCUUCACCUCGUGCUGCCCAUGCCUGUGCAACUGUUGGAAACCUGGGCUUUGUGUUUGGUGGCAGAUACAGAGAUGCUAGAAUGAAUGAUCUCCACUGUCUUAAUCUGGAUACAUGGGAGUGGAAUGAACUAAUUCCACAAGGCAUAUGCCCUGUUGGCCGUUCCUGGCACUCACUGACACCAGUCUCUUCAGAUCAUCUUUUUCUCUUUGGAGGAUUUACCACUGAAAAGCAGCCACUAAGUGAUGCCUGGACUUACUGCAUCAGUAAAAAUGAAUGGAUUCAGUUUAACCAUCCUUAUACUGAAAAGCCAAGGUUAUGGCAUACAGCUUGUGCAAGUGAUGAAGGAGAAGUAAUUGUUUUUGGUGGUUGUGCAAACAAUCUGCUGGUCCAUCAUAGAGCUGCACACAGUAAUGAAGUACUUAUAUUUUCAGUUCAACCAAAAUCUCUUGUACGGCUAAGCUUAGAAGCAGUCAUUUGCUUUAAAGAAAUGCUAGCCAACUCGUGGAACUGCCUUCCAAAACACCUACUUCACAGUGUUAAUCAGAGGUUCGGUAGUAACAACACUUCUGGAUCAUAAGGCCUCAUAGAUAAUAAUUCUCAUCUACUUGCAUGGAAAACGAUCCUGUAUUUGUCACAGAGUGGCACCCUUUGUAUAAUGAUAUGCAUUGUUGUAGUUUGCAGCUUUCUGGGUUUUAUGUGCAUGUGAAUGGCCUAGAGAACUUAUUUUUGUGUCUAAAGUUUACAAUAAAUGUAUUUAACACCA